AUGGAUCUAAAAGCGAUGAGUAUGGAUGAGUACCGGACGCUCUAUGAAGCGUCUGUGCAGCAGCAUGGGCUGUCUCCGCCGGACUGGGACUUGUUUUGGGGCGGUCCAGGCUGGAAUAGAUGGCGCUCCCUCUUAGACACGGUGCUUAUGGACAACGGCAAGAACACUCGUGAAGAGCGCGACAAGCUUGUCGAGAUCACAAAGACAGAAAUCAUCCCGGUCCUCGAUCGUUGCAAGAAAGCACAGCAAUCAGAGCCAACUGAGCAGGUUGCAAUUCUGCGCAAGUACCACACACCGGUCACGGGCGUGCUCGACACGCUGAUCAAGGAUUAUGCCACAUUGACGGAGAAAUUGAGAAACCAAUAUCCAUCGUUGGCGUUGGUCCUCGAGGAGUGGGACGAGCACCCUCCUCGUAACAUGCAAGCUUUUUCUUACAUGUCGUACCCGGGAGGACUCACAAUCUCUUUUCACAAUGGUCGGUGGGCCCAUCUUCAAAAUCAUGGGAUCCAGGACAAAUCCCUCAAUGCCGUGAACGAGUACUUGCUCGAGAAGAUGACCCUCAUGGAGAGGCAGAACCAAGCUUUGACUGGUGCUUUGGGAAAAAACGGUAUCCAGCUACCAGACGAGUGUGCCGCCAUCCAACGACGACUGGACGCCCUCGAGCGAUUUAAGCAAGACGAGCUUGCUCCUGGCGAUACGGGAAAACAUGAAUCCUCGCAGCUGCAAUUCGAGCCCGCACAGCCGGAGAAUUCAGAUCUGAAGAGAACAGAGAACCGACGCGUGUCGCCAAAUGUCGAGCUAACGUCGGUGCUUGAAGGCCCUGAUGGUCCCACAUUCACAACCGUCUGGGAGGAUUUGGGAGAGGAGGUCUUCUUGAAGGAGAAGACGCCCCCUCGCGAAAUGAAUAAGAAGGAACUGUUGGAUCUCAUCACAUCUUUGCGGAGGUUCGGAUGCAGCAAGGCUUUCAGCAAGCCUGUCAGCAAGGAAGAGUCGCCCAUUUAUUACGAUCUUGUGAAGGAGCCUCGUGACCUUGAAACAAUUCGGGCUACCCUUCGCAGCCAAGAGCCACAGUAUGAGCAGUAUGGUGCUCGCGACUUCUUCCACGACAUCAGACUCAUGCUUGACAACUGGUCCUAUUUCUAUGGACAGGACCCAGACGAAUUCAAUGAGGCGGAGCUUUUCGAAGAGAAACUGGUCAAGAAGCUUGAGGAGUUAGGAGAGCUCGGUCAGACAGCCAAGGCUCACUUCGACUGUGCUCCUCGUGCGCAAUUCAAUGAUAUUGAUUUGAUAGCAGGGAACAACGAUCCCGCCGAGCCACGCAGUGGCAAAGAUGGCAAUGAUGAGCCAUUUCCUGAUGCUCAUGGCCUAGCAGAGCAAUACGGCGACGAAGACGGCUAUAAUAGCCAGGAUUUCGGUGGCCACAGCCCACACGAGCAGUACACCGAGGAAGACGGCUAUGCGAGCCCUUAUUAUGGCCCAGAAGAGCUAUCUGCUGAUGAGAGCGGCUGUGAAAACCCGUCUCAUGCUGUCCAUGACCAAGCCGAGGAGGACGGUGAUUACGAUGGCUAUGACAACAAGUCUCCAGGUUACCCUGCUCCAUCCCAGAUCAAUGAAUCCGAGGCCGAAGCCACAGACGUGGAUAAUGAGGACGAAAAUGUGGGCAUGCACCAGCUAGAGUCACUUGCCAACCCUCAUGCAGAGCAAUCGGCCAUCGACCUCACUGCGUCACCGCAGCGACAGCCCAGCCAGAUUGGGACAGGAUUCAGCAAGCGCGCUCGUGCUUCUGACGAUGAGGAGUCUACUGCAGAUGAGGAGGCUCCUCCCAGAAAGCGACAGAAGAUGAUGGACGAGUCUCCGUCCUCUCCGCCAGGACAGUCAGAGAUCGAAGUGGCAAUUGAUCCCGUCCUGGCAUUGCCUGGAGCGGCAACCCACGCGGCUGCAUUCAGCAACCCUUCAGUAGCUACCGCAGAGUCUACAGAGAACAACGUGGAAAAUGCAAGCACACCACACGCCUCGCCGCGUUAUUACGACGUUACACCCUCGGCGACCAAGCGAUCCCGAGACGACGAUGAUAGCGAUCUUGAAGAGUGCGAGCGGCCAUCGAAGAGGAAGCGGGCAACCUUAGCUCCGGUCCCAGAUCACCAGACUCCAGCAUCUCCUGUUGUCACUAGAUCUGACAAUGAGCCUCCUUCGACCCUUCAGCUACCUGAGACGUCCCGUCCGUCUACAGGCCCAGUUUCGGAGCCGGCAAUGACUCUAUCCGCAAUUAUAGCUGCAGCUGUCGGUGUCGACGGACUUAGAAGUCCAUCUCCCCCAAUCUUUCAGGGACUUUUUGACACUCCCCACUCACCACCGAGCCCCAUCCCGGAGCCAUUGACACCUGUAGCUGCAGCCGUUGGUGUCGAAGGACCUGGUAAUGUAUCUCCUCUGCACGUUGCGGAUCCAUCCAAGAGCCCCGAGGCAGCUGAGCCGGUGGACGGCCCCUCCAACACAGAGGGACCCCAGAGCAGCUCUCCCAAUGCCGCGGCAGAGGAUUCUGAGCCAGAGGUCAAGCCUGAGCCAGAGGUCAAUCCUGAGCCAGAAGUCGAGCCAGAGCCAGAGGCCGAGCCCGAGCCAGCCGCUCACGCACUUGGCCACACCGAAAACGGCACCAUCACUGCCUCGAAGCUGCAAAAGCGAGCAAAGUGGAAGAAGACGGCUUCUUCCAAGAAGCGGCAGCCGAAUCGGCCGUGGGUGUUCGGCUACCAAUUCGGCGACGAGUACGGACUGUACACCAUGAGCUGCCCCAAGGCGGGUUGCGCGACGAGCUCCGAGGUCUUCAAGAACCACCCGCUCAUGCAGAACCAGGCGGCAAACCACCUCCAGGAGUGCGGCCAGGACUUUGCUGAUGACGAUGAUAUGGUGCGCAAGUUUGCCACCCAAGUGAUCAGCGAUGACAAGAAGGUCGUUUCUAUCGAGUGGGCCCGGAACUGGAACAACGAACUCAUGAACGAGUACGGCGACGAGGAUCUCGCGCACGAGAACUCCUUCUAA